CCCGCCGUGGCUCGCGCCGCCGCCGCCGCGCGCUGCGCUGCGGGUUGGGCCCGGGCCGGAGGAUGCGGCGCACGGCGCGGGUGGCGCUGCUGUGCCUGGGCUGCGGCCUCUGCUCGCUGCUGUACGGCUGCAGCCAGCUCGCCCUCUCGCCGGAGCCGGGGCGCGGCGGCCGGGAGCGACAGGCCCGACACCCCGCGGCGCCCGGGGCCCGGCGGCAGGCGGCGGCCGGCAGGUGUAAGAAUUUGUCUCUAUCUUUCUGGAAUUCCUAUUGGAUGCUGCCCUCUGAUGUUUGUGGAAUGAACUGCUUUUGGGAAGCUGCUUUUAGAUAUAAUUAUAUGAAAACACGUUCUUCUGAGAAAAUGCAUCUAGCAGUGGUUGCCUGUGGUGAAAGACUGGAGGAGACUGUUACUAUGAUGAGAUCAGCCAUUAUUUUCAGCAUCAAACCUCUUCAGUUUCAUAUUUUUGCUGAGGACCAAUUGCAUGAGAGAUUCAAAGACAUACUUGAUGACUUCCCCUAUGAAGGAAAAGUUAAUUACACAUUAUAUCCAAUAACAUUUCCAACUGAGAGUGCAGCAGAAUGGAAGAAAUUGUUUAAACCAUGUGCUUCACAAAGGCUAUUCUUGCCAUUAAUCCUAAAAAAUGUGGAUUCGCUACUCUAUGUUGAUACUGACAUCCUGUUUUUGAGACCUGUUGAUGAUAUUUGGUCUUUUCUGGGAAAGUUCAACUCCACACAAAUCGCUGCAAUGGCACCGGAACAUGAAGAGCCUCGUAUUGGCUGGUAUAAUCGCUUUGCUAGGCACCCCUAUUAUGGAGUAACUGGAAUAAAUUCUGGAGUCAUGUUAAUGAAUAUGACUCGCAUCAGAAGAAAGUAUUUCAAGAAUGAUAUGACAUCAGUCCGGUUACAGUGGGGAGAAAUUCUUAUGCCACUGCUAAAGAAGUACAAGUUGAACAUAACAUGGGGUGAUCAGGAUCUAUUGAACAUUAUGUUUUUUCACAAUCCAGAAAGUCUUUAUGUCUUUCCUUGCCAAUGGAAUUAUCGGCCUGACCACUGCAUCUAUGGAAGCAAUUGUAAGGAAGCUGAAGAAGAAGGUAUAUUUAUUCUUCAUGGAAACAGAGGUGUUUACCAUGAUGAUAAACAACCGACUUUUAGGGCUGUCUAUGAAGCAAUAAAAAAUUAUUCAUUUGGAGAUGAACUGGUUCAUUCCCUGUUGCAGCCCCUAGAACUGGAAUUGCGGAAAACCAUGCAUACAUACUGUGGAAAAGUAUAUGAAGUGUUCAUAAAGCAGCUAACAAAAAGCAUAAGAGACUUGCAUGCCAGAAGAUCAAGGGGAAGGUGAUUUUUACUUCAAGCUUUUAAGUCAAAAGACUGAAUGAACUUACUGGUCAAAAGGUCCAAAAAUUCUUACAUGGCUUGAAUUGGCUCUUCACGUGCCCAGAUAAAAGUUUACUAGCAUACAUAAAAAUGAAGAAAAUAUUCAAGUGAUGAAGAACAGGAACUUUUUUCUGCAGAGGUGACUUUUUUGCUCUUCUGAAGUUUAAUCCCUGCUAAUGUUUAUCUUGGAUCCGACGAUUCGGGUGUUACUGGCUUCUGUUGUCACUAGUUUUAGUCUGCAUAACUCAGUUCUCUGAUGGUCAAAUGAACAAGGAAGAAAUGAAGAUGGCUUGAUUUGGGAGCGUACCUCAUAUUGUCUAAAAAUCUAUUAAACUGUGAAUGUAGCAAUAACUACGUCAGCAGCACUAACCUCACUUCAAAGGUGUAAGCCUUUAUGUAAACAAAGUUGUUUACAAGUGCAGAAAAUACUCUGUUUUCAAAGAAAUGUGAUAUAAUUGACAAUCUGCUUGUGCCUUUAUACGUUCAUCUCUUACAUACUGAAGUACUGUUUUGACAAUCUUGUUUUGCUUAUCUUAUUUGUAAGCUGCACACUAUAAAUACGUUUUUUGAGAAAUGAAUAACUAGUAUAUGAUACUACUUUUCUCUGUCUGCAGAUACAGAGACUUUUUAAUAUACAGCAUUUGUUUCAACAUUGUUGAGCCAUCAUGGCCAAAAGAUAGAGCACAGUUGAAGUGUUUUUUAGCAAAAAUUCAAUUAUGAAGUUGUCUGUCUUACAAUACUUUUUAAAACUACAUGGUUUUGCACCUUUAUAGGGCAUUUUGGAAGUAGGGGAAAAAACCAAAACAAAACAGUGGAAAGCUGUUGCUGUUGCGUUUACUCACCAGUAAUUAUUACCUGGUAAUGACUGUAGAUUAUUUAGUACCUAAAAGUGAAGAGCUGUAGUAUACAGUCUGAUGAAGCAUCAGAACUCUUAUUAGGUGGGUUUCUUAGAUAAUAUAACCUGUUACCAUAUUUUUUUUUAAUAACACGGCUUUAAACUAGUUUGGGGGCAGAACCUCUACUAUAUGAAUGCAUUACUGUCAGUAGGGUGAUAGGCAUUUACAACAGGUAAGGAUUAGGCUUUUUUAAGGUAUUUUAGUGGAAAUGAGUUCUGUUUUAUCUAAUGCAAACUUUUUUCAGAGAAAAACAUGAAGAAAAAGGCUGAAUUCCGGUGUUACAGUAAAAUAUUAUUUAAACUUGCAUGGCUUGAAAGGUAUUUGUAAAAUAUAUUUGAACUUGGAUAACCUAACUGAGAUGAAGUCUUCAUAAAGUGAGGUUUUGGAUUCCAGAAAAGUUCCUGUGUGUUGAACAUGGAGGAUCCACUCACUGACUUGCACCUUCAUCCGAACCCCUUUUUAGAAGUUUAAUUUUUGUGGCUGUUUCUUUGUCAAAGGUGGGCUGGCUCUGACUCCCGGAUCCAUGUGAGCUGGAUGAAUGCUUUAGCUGUAAAACACACUCCAUUGUAAGCAGUUUAUAUUCUACUUGUAAUCUCCCUGCUGGCUCGGGGUAUAAAUUUCAGGGAUGGAAACUAGAAAGCAGUCUGACUCACAUGUAGUUAUGGUCUCUUUGCCUUGCUAUGUAAUCUUUUGAAGUCUGAAAAUCUAGAGUUCUGUGUGAAGGGGAAUACUGUUAUUGACUGAUUUUACAAUAUGCAGUGCAUUAUUUUUUUACAUAAAUACUGAUUUUUCUAAUACCAAUUUGUCUUCAGCUUUGUUUUUUUUUACUUUUACUGUGUGUUUGUACUUAAAUUCUUAUGACCUGUUUUUUGUGUUUCUUUGCAGAAACUUUCAGAUUUAAAUUGAUUUUUAUUAUGUUGUAUGCAUGUGAAGAUACUGCUUUUAAAACCUAAUGAGCAGUUUCAGAAAAACAGUGGAGCAUGAACGUUAGCAACUACCUAUCCACUUUAAUUUCAGUUUUUAUGGGAAAUUAGAACAGAAAGUGUUAAUAUUGAAGCUUAUCAUAGGAUAAAAUUCUUUUGUGCUUAUUUCAAGAACUGCUUAUUAACAUAUUAUAAAGAAGAGAAUAUACUGCUUUAUGCCAUAGUUUUUGUUUAGUUUUUAAUACAAACUUAAACUGUUCAACUAUCCGUUCCCAAGUAACAUUCAUGAACACUUUAGAAAACUUAAACAGCAAGUGCUUAGCAGCUUCCAUUAAGUAACUCCCUAGAGUAUUUUUGUUUUGAAUCAAUUUUUAGCUCUGUAAUCUCUAUGUCUUAAAUUUAGAAAGACAACCUACCUUUAAAAACAAAUCUAACUUAAAACAUUUGGAGAGAGUAAGAAGACUGGAAAACCAAGAAGUGUGAUCGAAACCAGUUAUGCUCCGAAACAUUUCAAUACCCGAUUUGUCAGUCUGAACUGGCUAAUUUAGAUAAAAAGUUUCGGCAAAUCACUAGCUGUAAAAAACUGCUGCUAGAAGUAUAAAGUUCCAUAGGAAAAUGUAAACAUCAGGAAGUGUAUAUUCAGCUUAGAUUAAGAUAAAUGUCUUUAGCAUGCUUGAUUCAUCUCAUGUCACAGUACCAUUAAUCUGUCUCUUUUUAAAGGGAUCACCGUCUCCUGGUAGAAGGGAUCUAUUUGAUGCUGUGUUGUCUCAUUUGUAUGAAACAAGAUAGACAUAUCCUUAUGCACCUCUGCCUGUUAGUAAGGCUGUAUAAGCCUUAUGGAAGUAUCUUUCCAGUUUGUAGUUUUGCCAAAAUUUAGACUGAAGGUGAAAAUUUAGACUGAUGCCAGUUGAAUUGGUUUUGGUAAGCUUUUGAUUUAAAUAUAGAAAGUGCAAAACGUUGUCAACAUUUUGUUAUUUUUACCAGGUUUCUGUCCGUACUAGGUACAUUCCAACUGCACAAGCUUUCCACACUUCUAUCUGCACACUUUCCGUAUCAGGAUGACGGAGAAGCCGGUCUUCUUUCUUUUCCUUCUCCCAGAUUAUACUUCCCAUUUAGACAGCAUGGAAAAGGAAAUAACUGAAGUGUAGGGGUGGGAAGAGGGAAGGCCCUGGGCCUGUUUGGAAUGCUUAGAAGCAGAAGAAAUAAGAGGCAAAGUUGAAGGUGUAAUGAAUUGUCUAUAUGUGGAUUAUUGGUCUCUCAUUUUGUGUCAACAUAGGAAUGAAGCCCUUAUUUGCUCACAUUUACAGAUGCAAAUGGUAUUUGUGGUGGAUUAAAUGGCAUGAAACUGAGUCAUAAAAUCAGUCUUCUUUAGCUUAUCUGUAGGAAAACAUUGGACUCUGUGUUUCUACUGCCUGAUUUAUAAAGGUGUCUCCAAACAUAUGGAUAUAUCUGGAAUUUCUGUUUCUUAGAAAACUUAAGAUUUUUCAACUGUCAAGCAGGUUUAACAAUAUCUAUUUACUGUUUCUAGAUAUAUAAUAUAUAUAUAUUUUUUUGUCUGGGUUAAGUGGAAUGCUCCUGUAUAAUUUAAAUUAAUGUUUAGGCUGUUUAGGUCUAUUUCUUUCAAUAAAUUAUUAAUUUAGAAUAGUUACUAUUUUUACAUUCACUCCUGUGGUAUAUAAUGUGAUUACUGUAAUUAUCAUAGCUUCCCUGCUCACUUCACUACUUUGUGAAUAGAUGGCAUUAGGAAUAGCUCCGGUACUUUUGUAUAUUAAAAUAAGUUGCAGAAAACUGUAAUGUGAGGUUAUAGCUUUUUCUUUAUUAGAAGGAAGUGUGUGCUUUUGUGGCAUAGGCAGAAGUAUGAAGUGUCGGGAAGGUACAUCACCGUGGAUCUUGAACAGAUCUUAGAUGCUUUUUAUGUGGCUUUUGCUGUCAAUCUGAGCACUUCUGUGUGCAGAAACAGUUGGUGGUGAUGUCAAAACUUGUAUUUUUCUAAAAGAACCUUAAGUGUUUCUCUGUCAUUGUUCUAAUCUCUUUGGAUAUCUUCUGUACCGUUUCUUUUUUGGCACUUCAGUUCUGUCCAACUUGUUUUAUCUAUAUAUUUGAGAAUAAUAACUUAAAUUCAUACAAAGUUUUGCACAAGUAACAGCCAAAUUAUUUGCUCAAGUUGCUGAAGUGGGCAAAGCAUCAACCCAGCAAGUGAAAUUUAAAAUAAUUAAACACUAGUGUAUAUACUUUCAGUUCCUUUAGAAAAAAGAAAAAUAUUCUUUGAUCCUAGUUUAACUCUACAGAGAAACACAUAAAACUUGAUUUCUGUACUUGACUGCCAAAACUUAAAUAAUGCAGGAUAAUUUUCUAUAGAAAUGCAGGUUGCCUCACAGUUGCUUUGUAGUCCUAGUAGACUACUCAAAACUAUUAUUCAGAUUUAAAAAGAGAAGAUAUUUGCAGAGGUAGUAGUAAAUUUUCCACUUCAGGAAGUAAGGAGAAAAUCUCAUUUUAAAGUAGUUCUCAGAAUCUCUCUCUUGUAACCACUUACUGGAUCUAUGCAAGAACAGUUUGUCCUCUGAGGUUGUCAUAAAAUUUAAGACUUGUGGUUCUCCAAUGCGUUUUUAAGCCUUUGUGGGCCCAUUAAAAUUUUAGGUUUCUUGAAGGAAUAUUAAGUAAUCGGAAGUUCUUGUGUUUAAUAAGUUCAGUUGUUCCUCUUCAAUUUUGCUGGUGCUUUAUGCACAGCUGCAUUCAGUUCUUUAGAGAGUUCUCAUUUAAACUUAUGAAUGUGCAUUUUCCUGUAUAUUUGGCAAAUUUCUACAAGGCUUUGUUUUCCCCCUCCUUCUUUUCCCUGUGCUGCUUUUAAAAGAUAAUCACUAAGCUCUUUUUUCAUUUGAAUGCUUAUAAAAAUUAUGGGAAAUAUUACAGGUCUCUUUGCGGAGACCAGUAAUUAAAGGAGGACCUUUAGUCCUACUGUGGUUGCUUUUCUUUUUUUCUCCUCAGAUUGCUUUUUGAGGAUGUUUGGGUAGGAGGAUUUUUUGAGUCUUUAGUAAAGUCUUUAUAUGUCUUGAGUGAUCACUAGUAGUUUCUUCCCUGAAUCAAUUAAUAUCCCUGUCCUCUCUUAUGUUAGAUGCUUGGCUGCUGUCUCCCUGCUUGAUCUAUAUGUUUGCCAGUUCCUUUAAUCAAAGUAGGAACUGUCACUUCUUCUAGAUCCGGAUUUUAAAUGUUCAUCCCAUAUCUAGGUGCCACCUUAGUUGCACAAACCAGGGACCUAGUCUGUUUCCACUUUUAGGUGUUCAUCUUUGAUUUCAUUUCCCCGUGUUAGACUGCAGCUGGGCCCAUAGGGAUAAAAUCGUUAUAUAAAAAGGAAUGUAGAAUUUUUCAUGGCAGAAACUAGAGAUUUCUGAAAUAUAAUUAACAAUUUUGAAAUAGUAUUUUAUCUUCAAGUCUGAUUUCUGAUUUGGUAGAUGUAAGGGUUAGCAUCCUUUGUUCAGUCAAAUAAUUGCACUUUUCCUGUGUCAAGCUCUUACGUGGAGGGAUAAGUCGGUAUCUCUUAGAAGACUGGUUCCUUGUUUACUGUGAAUUUCAAGGAAAGGAACUGUAAGUCAUUACUGUAGUUCCUUAUUAUCACCCUAUAUAAUCUCUUUGAAAACAGUAAUAACUGCCUGCUUACUGCUAUCUAGUUACACUGGUUUUAAUGGUUUUCUAAUAGUCAUGCUGAAAGGGGAGGGGAAAAGAUGCAGUGAUUUGGAUCUCCUUGCUAGUUUCUGCCUUGCUGUCUUUAGAAUUCCACCAGUCUGGGUCAAACCCAGAAGAGAAUAAACUUCAUAGCUUCUCCUGACACAUUAAUACCUUCAUUUAGGAAUAGGCUUUCACUGGUCAUGGUCCUUACUCGUAAAUAUCUAGACAGUUUCCUUGCACUGUCUUGUCAAAACAGGCCUGCAAGAGCAGGGCUUGUUAGGUUUUCAUAUAGUUUGUUGCUGUUUUAAGAGUACCAAACUUGUAAGAUACAGGUGUAUUAUGUUCUCAGAGCAAGUCUUUUAGAAGCCUUUAAGAGUAUGAUCUAAGUCUACAGUCUUUAAGACUUACAACUGCUUUUCAAGAUACCUGUUGAACGAACAUUCUCACACAACUCCCCCUUCCCUCUGUGCCGUUUUCCACAGAUAGUUUUGUUUGUUAGGUUUAUUUGUCUUUAGAGCAAAAUGAAAAUAUGGGAGUUUACUUUAGUAAAUGUCCCCUUUAAACCAAAGAGAAGUUUGUUAGGGAAGGAAAGGGCCUGUGAAGUUUGUUUGCUAGUGAUCAUUUCUGCACUUCAGACUUCUAUAAGAUAAUGGAGUGCAAAAGUGGAGUUUACCUGUGCCUUCCUCACUGCUUGGAGAAGUGUUGCUAGAUUGUGCUGUCUUUAAUUUCCUCACUUAUUUCUAGCAUCAAACACUGAUUUCUGAAAAUGUUUUUUAUAUAUUCCUGAAUGGCCUCUCUAUUUUAUGUGGUUUGUAUUAAAUUAAUAAACCAACUGAAAUGAACAGUUAGAAUAGCCUAAUGCGUUUUCCUCUGCUUUCGUAUUCUGGAAGAUCACUCUCUCUCUUACUCUUCCUUUGGGUUAUUUAAUAUCGUAUGCUCAUUCUCAAAAUUAUAAUCUUAGCACAACAGGUUCAUUUUUUUUAAUAUCUAUAUGUUAUGAAUCUUAAUGUUCUGCCAGUCAUUUCUGUAUGUAUUUUACUAGAGCAAUUCACAUUAAAUCAGUCUGUAAUAUUCAUAUGAAUUGCUUUGAAAUACCAAAGUAGGUGCAGAAGUUAUCCUAAAAUGCAAAUCUUUGUGGUUGAAUUAAUGAGGACUUAGGGCAUGGGUUUUUUUAGGCUUCCAAGAAAAUGAAACCAAUAUAAUCAGUUUUACCUCCUGAUUUAAGACUAGGAAAUUAGAAUUAAUUAAAGCUGAUGUUUUAGCCUUUUAAUGUUAACCUGCUGUGCCUCACUGAGCAGCUGGUGUGUAGGAGAUACUCCGCUUGCCUGUUGGCUGUCAUGAAACUUCAGAAGUAUGAUGUCGUGCAGUUUCUGACUAGUCACUGGUAUUCCUAUUUUUUCAUUUUAAGAUGCUCUGCCAUGUUUUAUUUUAUUGUUUUGUUUUAUUUUUUUAUGUUGUGGUUAGUGUUACCCAAGGUGAAUCAUAAUUGCAGAUCACAACAGACCUCAUCUUUCCUGCUGGUUGUUCCUUGCUUGCCUCCCUUCUUCACUACCCCUCCUAGCUGCCUGUGUUUUCCAGGAGAUGGUGUCAUCUGUUCUUCGUAUGACGAUCUUUCUGGAUCUUGGUGGCUGCUAAUGCCGAUUAGUCAAUAUUUCAUCUGCCAUCAGGUACGUGCUUUCAGAACUGGGCCAUUUACUGUAAUAAGGUGACUGUACCGUUUCAAGCCAAAGGGGUGCCCUGGGGUGGGCACGCUGCUUUCUUCCACAGUGCUAAUGCAUGACUGCAUGUCUGGGCCUUUAAGCAUGUUCUUGACCCAAAGUAGUUCCUAGGCAGUGCUGUGUCUUUCUUGGCUGUUGCUUGGGGAAGAAGCUUAGGUUUUUGGGUUUUUUUCUCAGCUUUUUGUAGACUAUUACAAAAUUUUUGUUUUCUUUAUUUUUCUGUAGACACAAGGGCUUUUUACUAGAGGCAUGCUUGUGGUAAGAAAGCUUGGCUGAUGAAGCUAUUACAAUUAGGCGCAACUGAUCUGAGACAUUCUGCUUGCCUGAGGCAGACAGACUCAGCAGGACUUCCGAGAACAGCAUGAACAAAAGACAAGAGCCAGGGCACCUGAUGUGCAGUGAGGGGCUUGAGCUUUGCCCUUUUCCUGUAGGUGCUGGACAACCUCUGAGGGAAAAGCAGUCUUCAGUCAACACUUCUUUUUGUGUAUGUACAAAAAGAGAAAUUUGACUUAUGACUUCAAAAAAGCCCAGACAAAAUUCUAGAGGGAUUACUGAAUGCAAUAGAGAGUGCACAGUGUGUAAAACUGUUCCAGCUGAAAAAUUAAUGGCUGCUAAUAGCCCGUUGGAACACACAGGGUUUUGAGAAGGACCUUCUUCACCAUUCCAUAAAAACGGUGAAUAAAACAGCAAAAGUAAGCAAUUGUAGGCUAUUGCUUUAAAAAUAGGUUACUGUCUUAUUUUUACAUUAAUCCUGUUUGCCUAGCUUUGUCUUUCUGUGGCCAGAAGGGUAACUUGUAAUUAAUGAAAACUGAUUUAGCUUGAAGAAUAAAGCGUUAAGUUUGUGAUAGUAAGAAAAAUGAAACCUCUGCAGAAUUUGCUCUGGUUUUGGUACUUUAGACCUCAGGCAGUGUCUAAAUUAGUUAGAAGUUGCUUGAUUAAUGUAGACUUGUCAAAUAAUACAUUGGGAAGAACUGUCAUACUUUUGUACAAAAACUGCUUUUGUCUUUUUAUCAUUUUUAGAGUCUAAGGUUGAAUUAAUACCUUGUUGCAAAAUACAUGUACUUUGGGGACACCACAUCCUAUAGCAGAUACCUACAAUAACUGUUAGAUACUAAGAUCCAGUUGCUUUUGAGUGACAGCUGUUGUAGAACAGACAUGUUAUCACUCUUAGAGUGGUGUCUUGUCUCUGAAUGUAUGGAAUUGUCCUGGGUUCAGCUGGAAUAGAGUUAGGUUUCUACAGUUUGUCAUACUGGCCUGCCAACAAAAGUGCGGGGAAUGUGCAAGAAACUGUGAGGGGACGCUGCCAGGACAGCUGACGUAGAGUGGCCAAAGGGAUGUUUGAUACCGUGUGAUGCUCUGUUCAUAAACCGUGGGAAUUGAUCAGGGGGUGGGGAAUUGCUGCUCAGGAAUGGGCUGAGCAUCAGUUUAUGGGUGAUGAGCAACUGUGCUGUUACUUGCUUUUUGUGUAUUUUUUCAUUAUUAUUACUUUUCCUUAGCUGUUCGAUUAAACUGUCUUUAUCCCAACCCAUGAGUUUUAACUUUUUCUUUCUGAUUCUCCUCCCCAUCCCACCUCGGGGGACCGAGUGUGUGGCCGUGUGGUACUUGGUUGCUGUCUGGGGCUAAACCACAACAGU